CCGUCCGUGUAUUCGCAAGCUGAUAUUUUAGCAUAGUCUUCUCUUCGAUCUUUUUUUUACGCCAUAUUAUUUCGUGACACUAUACUCGUCGUAAAACCUCGUUGUUUGUUCUUCUAACUAAAGCAAAUUAAUAACAAUAACCAGAUUGAAUGCUACUAAAAAUAGUAAAAUCAAUUAUUUAAUUAUUCGUCGUCCCUUUUAAUUGUGCAGCAAGUCAAGUGACUCGAUCCCUCCUAUUUUUCUCUGAUUCUGAUUAUAAACAAAGCGUAUCAGCCUUAUCAUCACUGUCGUCAUACUUAUCUAUCACACAUACCCUCGUGACGGCGUGACUGAACUGGAUUACUUCAUAUUAUUACAUUGACCAUAAUUUCGGAAUGAUGUCUGAACCAGGGGCGAUUUUGGGGAAACCCUCUGGUCAAUCAGCCCCACCGGGUUAUCUGCCAGGGGGCGAAUUUCAUCCAUCUCAGAGUGCUUAUCAAUAUGGUGGUGGGGACUUGCCUCCGCCGUACUAUUCUACCGGACCUGUCCCACCCCCUCAAGGAUGGAGUACGGCAGGAUUUCCGCCUCCCCCGCCGAAUUAUGGAACCACCCCCACAUAUGGAUCGACAAAUGUCAUAUUGUCAGAACCAGUCAUGUUUCCAGCCACUCAGGUUAUAAUUGUUGGAGGGUGUCCAGCUUGUCGUGUGGGCGUGUUGGAAGAUAACUUUAGCUGUCUCGGCGUCCUCUGCGCCAUCAUGUUCUUUCCGCUUGGAAUCUUGUGCUGCUUAGCCCUCAGAGAUAAACGGUGUACGAACUGUGGAGCUAUUUUCUAAGGAGAAGAAUUUAUCAACAGGAUAAUUAAGAUUUGAGAUGAUGAUGAUUAUUGAAAUGAAAUGAUGAAUAUCAAAUGAGUGAGAUUUUCCAAUCUUUUUAUGAAAUGAGAUUUAAUUAAUACUUUAACUUUAAGCGAUCUGUCGUGUAUGUACGAGUAUACCUGUAAUUUUUUCCUGAUUGAUACAACUAAGUAAAUAAGUUACCUUUUCAAGAAAUUAAGAUAACUAUAAUAAAAUUAUUGUGAUUUUCUAUACAUGUGGAGAAAGCAAUGAGUCAUAUACCUGGAUUAGACAAUCGAUAUAUUAAAUAAAGAUAUUAAGUAACUGAAAUAAAUAAUUAAUUGCAAUGCAAAA